UAUGCCUUAGCGCCUCAGGCGGUGAGCGGGGUGCAAAUUGAUCCGUCAGCGGCUCUGCGAUAGUGACAGCUCGAUACGGGGAUACAAUACUACCUGCGCCGGUGACUUCUUUUACUACAAAUUGCUCGAUACCAUUCUCUUCCAGAAAACUUCGCAUACACAAUUAUCAUGGCCGACGCAGAGCUAGAGGAGAUCAGACGUGCCCGUCUGGCACAGCUCCAGCAGCAGGGUGGCUCCCGCGGGGCCGGGAGUGAAGGCCAAGAAGACCAGAAGAGAGCAAUAGAAGGUGAACGCCGUUCCGCCAUCCUCAACCAAAUUCUCGAACCCGAAGCCGUCGACCGUCUCAACCGCAUCCGCCUCGUCAAGGAAUCGCGCGCUGCCGAUAUCGAGAGCCGAUUGAUUAUGCUCGCACAGACAGGCCAGCUCCGCCAGAAGGUCACCGAGGAGCAGCUCAAGGAUCUGCUGAAUGCAAUUUCGGAGAACCAGCGCAAGGCUGAGGAGGAAAGCAAAAUUGUCAUCAGCCGGCGGAAAGGUGGUUGGGAUGAUGAUGAUGAUUUGUUGGAUUUGUAGGGGAUUCGUGUUGAAUUCAUGCCAGGAAAAAAAAAAAAAAA